UCCAGUGCUCAUUCUCGCGUCUUAUACUUGCUUUAUGUUGGAUGCCUGCUACAUUUAACCCAGACAUUGACUAUACAGUUGUGAUGUUUCUGAUGCUCGAACAGGAAAGUAUUCGGGAGGUUGAGUUCACUUGUCGAUCAGAAACCUGCAAUAAAUUCGACGUAGUUGGUAUCGUAAAUUAGCAAUAGGAUAGCAAAUAGUGGAAGUGUCAUUUCGAGCGAUCAGCUUCGGCUUAACUGGGCAGUUCCAGCCCAUUGUACUACUACGAAGCACUCACAUGUGUUCUGCGUGAGCGGGUCCCCAGAAUGGGCGCCGAUUCCAAAUGGAACAUUGUAAGCAGGGACUAUCCGUAACUGCCAUUCAAUACCACCAGUCGUAGUCGCUUUGCGUCCGUCGUAAGUGACCAAUAUAUUACGUAAGCGUGAGGCGCGGUAAUUAGAUCGCCAGAAUGGACAGCCAAUUGUUCACACAGGCACUUUACGAUCUCGGCAAGCAGUUAUUGGAAAAGGCUCGAAACGGGGAAACUGAAGAGGUGCGUGCACUUAUGGCCAAUGGUGCCCCCUUUACGGCAGAUUGGCUUGGAACCUCUCCUCUUCAUAUGGCAGCUGCGAGCGGACACGUAGAAACAUGCGAGAUUUUGUUACGAGCCGGAUGUUCGAGGGAUGCGCGAACUAAGGUGGAUAAGACUCCAUUACAUCUGGCCGCCUACGAAGGCCAUGGAGCGGUAGUUGAACUGCUUGUGAAGCAUGGAGCAUCAUUGGAAGCAAGGGACAUGCUGUUGAUGACACCGUUGCACUGGGCCGUCGAAAAGGGACACAUCGAUGUAAUUCGGACUCUACUACGAUUCGGCGCAUCACAAGAAAUGGUUUCCAAAUUUGAACUUUCUCCGAUGGACAUUGCGCUGCAAAGUGAACGCAAAGAUAUAAUUGAGUUGCUGCAGGAGUAUCUUCUAAGUCCAGCCACUGUUAGUAAUGCGGUGGCGUCCAUCUUUACCCCUUCGUCAGGCAGUGGCAAACAGGCGACUCUAACAAUUCCCCAGGUCAGCUCCGUUACUGAAGUGCCGGUCACAGUGACGAUGGGUCCUCUGCCUGCUUCUGAAAACCCUGCAGUUAUGCGUAAAGUAUUGGGCAACAACAAGGUUAUUAAACUCUCGGGACAGAAAGUCAUUCCAGUUGAUAGAUUGCAACCAACGCCAACGACACCUGUGCGUAAAGUGGCAACUGCAGCAGCGGCCACAUCUACUGCCACAAAUGAAAAGGGCUCCUAUCUCACGGCUCUAGAAGCGCUCGAGCAGGCCGCUGGCAGCGGGGCUGUCAGUGAGGCGGCCAUACAAUUUCUUGCGCAGGCGCAGGGCAUUCGUGCCGCCGAGGUAGGCUUGCAGGACGAGGAUAAUCUAGUUGCUAGCGCCCCUGAAAACGGUCAGACAAUACAACUUAGCCAUAUGGGGCGACUUGCACUCGUCAACGCUGCGGCUAACGCGAGCGCUUCUACCGAAAAGAUAAUUAUUGUAAAUUCGACAAAUGACGAAGAUCGUAUCAGCCUACAGCAACAGCUGGAAGAGAUGCGACGAGAGGCUGAGCGGUAUAAACGAGCCCUACACGAAAAGGAAAAAGAGGCUGAGGAAUACAAAAAACGUUUGCGGUUAUCCAACGAGGUAGAGAUUAUUCCUGGUGAUGAUACUGGAAGUUUUUGAGAAAAACAAAAGUUAGCGUGAAUUGUGUCUCUCCAAUCAUUUUGCAUAAUCAAUAUGGCAGCCUGAACAGCUAAAUCAUCCCAUCAGUGUCUUAUACCAGUCGAUAGUCCAAUUAUUCGUUAAAACUUUGCCCUCACUCUAAUAAGGAAUGCAAACAAGCAUGCCGCAGACUGACGUCAUCAGCUCGUUUCUGAGACAAAUAGGAACAAUCAAUUUCAACAAUCAACUGUAAAUACGAUGUAUGUACAUUCAUAUAAACUAAUUCGUUCUUUACUAUUAUAUUGUUAAUAAAAAAAUAUUUCGA